UAAAAUCAAUACUAUAUUUCAAUUUGUUCACAGAUCGGCAGCGGGUAAAGAAGAAAACACAAAAUAAAGAAAUGGAGAAAGAGGGAAAAAGCGAUACCGAUAAUCGGAGUAAAAUAACGGUGAACGUUAAGUUCAGCGGCCGAUCGAUACCGGUGGAAAUCUCCGACGAGUCCACCGUCAAAGACCUCAAGUCUCUCCUUCAGCCUCGCACAGAUGUUCUUCCUCGCGGCCAAAAACUCAUAUUCAAAGGGAAAGUAUUGAAGGACCAAAUGACAUUGAAGUCCUCGGAGGUUGUAAAUGGUGCCAAAAUCAUGCUUAUGGCUUCCCAGGGCUUACAUCAAGGGGAUGGACCGAUAAGAAAGGAAGCUUUCACAUCGCCCUCAAUGAGGAUGCCUGAAGCUACGAGACCUAAAAGAGACGUUCCUCGGGUUCCCAUUGUGAAGAGCCAACUUGAACGGUGGAAGGCUACUGGCGUCAUUGCUCUAUCAGAAUGCAAUCUGAAGGCCCUACCUGGUGAAGUGUUGACUUGCGGACCUUCUGCAAGAGUUCUUGAUCUCAGCCACAACUUGAUACAACAUAUUCCAGCCGGGAUUAAUAGCUUGAUUUCUCUUCAGAAAUUGAUCCUCAAUGGAAAUGAAAUUAAGGAUAAUUCCUUAAGCUGGGAAGGGCUAGCUUCUUUAAAAAGUCUUAUGGUUCUUUCUUUGAACCAAAACAACAUUGCAACACUGCCUCCUGAGAUUGGGGCUUUGACCAGUUUGAGACAGCUUUAUGUUGCACACAACAAGUUAACAUGUCUCCCAUCUGAAAUAGGUCUGUUGACUGGCCUUGAGGUUUUGAAACUUAACAACAACAGGAUACCCACUAUUCCGGAAAGCAUAGGGGGCUGUGCUUCUCUGAUUGAGGUUGAUCUUUCAUCUAAUCUUUUGGUGGAGUUGCCAGAAACAAUUGACAAACUAAAGGACUUAAAGGCACUUUAUCUUAAAAACAACGGGCUCAAAUCCCUCCCUAGCAGCAUAUUUAAACUGUGCACCGAACUCUCAAUACUGGAUCUCCAUGGCACUGAAAUAACCAUGGAUGUUCUCUGCCAGCUUGAAGGAUGGGAGAAUUUUGAUGAGAGAAGACGCUCGAAACAUCAGAAGCAAUUGGAGUUCAGAGUGAUCAGCUCAGCCAAAUUUGAUGAAGGAGCUGAUAGAAGCUGAUAGGCCAGACAAAUUGCUCGGUUUGUAUAGACCCUGACAUGCAUUUGCAUAGUUAUUCCUGGCAACCAUACAAUAGAAUCAUUUAGCAUCUAUUGAGAUACUAAAAGGAAUUUUGAAGCUAAAAACCAAAGUAGAUCAAGAAAAUGUAAUGAUUUCGAUGCUUUAUGAUUAAGACUUGUUUACCCUGGAAUCCGGAUAACAAUUGAAUUUA